AUGAAGGCGGUCAUUAAGCAAGCUGCUGUAGUGAUUGUUGCUCUAGCUUCCGGAUGGCUGGCGAUUGAGUUUGCUUUCAAGCCCUUCCUCGACAAGUCUGAUGCCGCCAUCUCCAAGUCCGACCCCGACUACGAUCCAGACGACGAUGAAAAGAUUGAUGACUCCUCCGCCGCGGCUGAAACAGCAACCGUGUAA